AGGAGAGCGAGGGAGAGCUGGGGAGAGCGAGAGCAAAGAGUGAGAGCGAGGGAGAGGAGGGAGAAAGACACACGCACGCAGAGACACACGGUCACUGGAAUUCCAUUAGAAAAAAGUGAGCCGAGCAAGGGUUAGCGGAAGAAGAUUUUUUAGAAUCUUGUCUUCGUCUUGCUGAGAAAGAAGCGACUCCGGUCUCUGGUCCUUGAAGCUCUGACUGGAUUGUUCCUGGGCGCUGACACCGUUGGUGGAUUUCUUUCCUAUUUGCAUUUUAUUCCGACCCCCUCCCUCGCUGCUUCCUUCCAGCCCUUCACUCGCAAAUCGCCUCUCUCUCCACCUCCCCAGGCCCCUCCUGGGAAGCGCAGGGGAAUUGGACCCUCGGGGACUCGCACCUUCUCCGAUGAUUGGAGGGGAGGGCUGACCCCAGGACCGGGCUGUUGGCUUAGAAAGCCGAUACACAGAUACGCAUAUAUUUGAUUGUAGCGGGCAAGGGGGGCGUCAAGAGGCAGCCCACCGCCCUCCUCUCACCCCACCCCCUCCAGCCAGAGGCGAGAAUCGCAGGACUCGGGAUCUUCGUCGGGUGGACUAGCUGGGAUCUCCGCAUUGGAUUUGGGGCUGAUUACCACUGCUUGGCUAUUAUUGUUGUUGUUACUAUUACUAUUUUUUUUUACCCAAGGGAGAAAGACAAAAAACGGUGGGAUUUGUUUAACAUGAUCUUGGCAAACGCCUUCUGCCUCUUCUUCUUUCUAGACGAGACCCUCCGCUCUUUGGCCAGCCCUUCCUCCCUGCAGGGCCCCGAGCUCCACGGCUGGCGCCCCCCAGUGGACUGUGUCCGGGCCAAUGAGCUGUGUGCCGCCGAAUCCAACUGCAGCUCCCGCUACCGCACGCUGCGGCAGUGCCUGGCCGGCCGCGACCGCAACACCAUGCUGGCCAACAAGGAGUGCCAGGCGGCCCUGGAGGUCUUGCAGGAGAGCCCGCUCUACGACUGCCGCUGCAAGCGGGGCAUGAAGAAGGAGCUGCAGUGCCUGCAGAUCUACUGGAGCAUCCACCUGGGGCUGACCGAGGGUGAGGAGUUUUACGAAGCCUCCCCCUACGAGCCGGUAACCUCCCGCCUCUCCGACAUCUUCAGGCUUGCUUCAAUGUUCUCAGGGACAGGGGCAGACCCAGUGGUCAGCGCCAAGAGCAACCAUUGCCUGGAUGCUGCCAAGGCCUGCAACCUGAAUGACAACUGCAAGAAGCUGCGCUCCUCCUACAUUUCCAUCUGCAACCGCGAGAUCUCGCCCACCGAGCGCUGCAAUCGCCGCAAGUGCCACAAGGCCCUGCGCCAGUUCUUCGACCGGGUGCCCAGCGAGUUCACCUACCGCAUGCUCUUCUGCUCCUGCCAAGACCUGGCGUGUGCCGAGCGCCGCCGGCAAACCAUCCUGCCCAGCUGCUCCUACGAGGACAAGGAGAAGCCCAACUGCCUGGACCUGCGUGGUGUGUGCCGGACUGACCACCUGUGCCGGUCCCGGCUGGCCGACUUCCAUGCCAAUUGUCGAGCCUCCUACCACACGGUCACCAGCUGCCCUGCAGACAAUUACCAGGCGUGUCUGGGCUCCUAUGCUGGCAUGAUUGGGUUUGACAUGACACCCAACUACGUGGACUCCAGCCCCACUGGCAUCGUGGUGUCCCCCUGGUGCAACUGUCGUGGCAGCGGGAACAUGGAGGAGGAGUGUGAGAAGUUCCUCCGGGACUUCACCGAGAACCCGUGUCUCCGAGCAGGGGCUGAAGGCCAACAACUCCAAAGAGUUAAGCAUGUGCUUCACAGAGCUCACGACAAAUAUCAUCCCAGGGAGUAACAAGGUAAUCAAACCUAACUCAGGCCCCAGCAGAGCCAGACCGUCGGCUGCCUUGACCGUGCUGUCUGUCCUGAUGCUGAAACUGGCCUUGUAGGCCCUGGGAACUGAGUUGGAAGAUUUUCUAAAGCUACGCAGACGAGAACACCUGCCUGAUGAAAUGGAAACACACACAGACAUACACACACCUUGCAAAAAAAAAUUGUUUUUCCCACCUUGUUGCUGAACCUGUCUCCUCCCAGGUUUCUUCUCUGGAGAAGUUUUUCUAAACCAAACAGACAAGCAGGCGGGCAGCCGUAGAGCUGGCACAGGGGUCCCCUGGCUGGGGACACCCUGGUGCUGAAGAGGGCACGACGCUCUAGAAAUGCCCUUCACUUUCUCCUGGUGUUUUUCUCUCUGGACCCUUCUGAAGCAGAGACCCGGACAAGCGCCCUGCAGUGGAAGGGACUCGGGGCUAUGCCCGAGGCUGGCUGGGGGCAGGACCACACAGCUGCUUCCCCAAGCUGUCUAUUCUGGGGACCUGCUGGGGGCUGGCAGAGGGCAUUGGUCAGUGGGGCAGCGGAGUUGGCCAUGGGGGUCCACCUUCAGCCCCUGGGCUUCAAGGAUGGAGAUGGUUCUGCCCUCCUUCUCUGCCCUUGGGUGCAGCUGGUGGGUCUGCAGCUGGUGUGGGAACCCCCCACGGAUGCCGGUGGAGGGGGUUAGCCCUGUGCUGGGCUCCCCCUGACUGUAGCCUGAAGUGGUGGGGCUGGGGACCAGCUCCAGGAGGACUUGGGAGCUCAGCCUGCCUGGGAGAGCCCCUCGUGGGGAGGCAGCAAAACUUGGGCACCAGCUUCUUUCUCAGUGGCAGAAAUUUUGAAGUCAGAGAGAAAUGAUCGUUUGGUGGCUUUUUUUUUUGGUUUUUCGUGGGUCCUUUUGGCAGGUCUCCCUUUGGAGAGAGGAAGAGGAGAGACCACAGCCGGGCGUGUGUGUGUAGCACCUGGUCCUCGAAUUCUCCUGCUCUCUUCUCCCUCCUCAUCCUCUCCACGUUCUCUUUCCUAAUUUCCUAGAUACCCGUCAGCUGUACGUACGCACCGGGGCGCCUCUCCUAACAUAUAUGUAUAUACACAUCCAUAUACAUAUAUCGUGUGGUUUCCCCUUUCUUUCCUUUUUUUAAACAACAAAACUAUGGAAAUCAUACCCAACAGAUGAGCGAAAAUGUAUUAUUGUAAAGUUUAUUUUUUUUAAUACUGUUGUCUAUACCGGGGAAAAAGGACAUUGCCCCCCAGCGCCCUGCUCCAGUCAGCCUGGCUGGGCCCUGGCGGGGCCCCUAACCCGCAUUCACGCUUAACCAAGGCUCCAAUAAACGUUCUAGGAAGCAA